GCGGGGCCGUUGUACUGAGCAACUCUUUGCUUUUCGUCGUCGGAGAGAAGCGACUCGCUGUCAGUGCUGUCAACUUGCUCUGCAAUCCCUGCAUUGUCAAUGCGCAGUGCGUACUCUUCAAACAGCCGGCCCCGGUCUCCUCAUGGUCAAGACGCGGUCAAAGCAUCGGACCAUCUCCAAGAAACUUCUUCGACACAGUUCCGGACUGGAUGGUAGUGCGGGGUUGGAACGCAAUCUCUCGAGAUCGGGUAUCUUUACCACAUAUACUGGCACGCUGGGGUCAAGAGUUUCAAGUCUCCCAGACCGAUAUGUCCUCCUCAUCAACGAGACGCCGGAGAGCCGCCAAUGCGUCUGUGGCAUCAUUUAGGUUGUAGUAGAGGUCACUGUAGUCAGCGAACAUGUUGCUUGCAAUUUCUUCGUCCUGGGGAUGAAUCUGUUCUCGUCCCCGCUGAGGGACAUCGGGACUGUCGUCACGCAGGUACUGAUCGGCGUCAAGGUCGGCAUCUUCAUCUUGUUCACCUGCAGCAUCGCCUUGAGCAUCACCUUGGGCGUCGUCCUGAGGGAGGGCAUCACCCUGCGCGUCAUCCUGAGCGUCAUCUUGGGCGUCUUGGGCGUCAUCAUCUGCCAAGUCUGGAUAGUUCUCAAUCUCAUCACGGUCUAUGAUCUCGAAUUGACAUUGACAAUUGUGAUGGUACUCGCCUGGAUACACGGGACAGGGAUGACAAGGGGCAAGGAAUUGGUCAUCCGAGGAGGCGUUUUCCGCGGGCGGCGUGUUGUUUUCUUGAUUCGUGUCAUUGCUGCGGCCACGACCCCGACCCCUAUUGCCUUCUGAGCUUGGGCUGGGGGCUGCACCACGGGGAACUCUUUGGUGGCCCGCUGACAAUGGUUGCAACGGUCCAUGGCCUCGGCCACCUUCUCUUUGUCUAUCCGGCCUUGCAGGUUUCGACGGACCUGGAUCGCCGCCAUCCUGGCCAGCUUGCCCUUUUUGAUAUUCUUGAACAGCGGUAAAGAUGUCCCAGCAGGAUUGCUCUAAGGAUGACAAGAUCGUUCUCUCGUCAAGAUCAUCCACGUUGUUGCCUGACUUUUGCCAUGCCUCCUUGAAGCGCUCGAUAUGUUCUCUUCGGAACCGAGUCGGAUCGAAUGGUGUGCGGCCGGACGGCCUCGGCGGGAGAGGCUUCCGAAAGGGAUCAACAGCCAUUCCAGCUCCGCCACGUAGUCUCGACAUCGGUGCUGUACUUUUAUGGACCCUUGCAUUUUGUCCGAGAACAGUAGUGGUGCUUGGCUGUGCGGAAGAGGUCGAUGAGCCAGGUGUUCGGCGACGACGCUUGGAAAGGUGUUUUUGUAAAAUGAGUCCCAACCAGCCGAGUGGCCCUAGUUUGCGGCUGGACGUGAACAAUGAUACAGUUGCCGGGUUGCGAGCAUGCCGAGGGGGCUGAUUGACGAGAAAAGCAACCCGUGGUCCAU